AACCAACCUUCCAGCUUUCGGCUGCUGCCGGAAAAAAAAGGCAGCAAUCAGUAUCGUUUACCACUUCAUCACUUGUCCGCUCAUUGCCCCACCUUUCCCCAUUCCUGUAGUGGUGUACUAACACGAUCAGAUCAUCCCUGCAUCAUCCCUGCCUUGUCGUCGACCCCCCUUACCGCUCGGUGGGGGCCUCCACCAAGUGUACCGCUCUCUGUGUGUGUCUCUGUACGCAAGUGUGUGUGUGUCCGGGUGUUCUCGCUCUUCAAUCCCCAAAAUCACGUCCACGUCCCGAUCAACAAAUGACGCAUCUCGGCUCUUCUAUCAUCUCGGUGGAAUGUGAAUAACAGCACACCACUUUGCCACCGAAGCAGGUUACGGGAAAGUCUCACCGGAAGGAGGUGCCGACCGCUCUCCAGAAGAGGAAGAAGAAAUAGGGGUUGCCUCCCCAGCGCCCUCCCCAUCUUCCUUCUAAAGGGAAUCGGUACUGAGGUGGCAACUUUGUGCAUCUAACACCCACCCACCCACUCCUGGCCGAUCAAGGCGGUGGCUACGAAAGCGAGCAGGAGAGAGAGAGAGAGAGAGAAGAGAGCAAUCUACGCAACUGACCUAACUGUUAAAAAUCGUACUACAUCAACCCCAUCCUCCUCACACCCCCCUCCCCAUUGGGUAGUGUCUAACCAAAAGGCGGAAACUCCUCUCCUCUUAACAUAUUUUAAAACAAAUAAUACUUAAACUUUUCCUUCGCGUGGUGGAACAAAAAAUCUGUGAAAGCUGGAGCAAUUAGAGCAACUCGCGAAACUUUCCAAGAUGAACCGUAAGGCGGAGCUGGAGCGGAAGAAGGCCAAACUGCAGGCCCUCCGCGAGGAGAAGGACCGCAGGCGGAAGGAGAAGGAGCAGAAGGAUCUGGAGGAGGCGUCCGGCAAGCUGGGCACCUCGGAAACCAGCACGCGGAAGGAUCUGGAUGAGAUGCUUUCGUCGCUGGGUGUGGCGCCCGUGUCCGAGGUGCUGUCCUCGCUGUCCUCGGUCAAUUCGGCCACCUCCGACCAGUCCACCACCCACACGCCCGACGCCAGCCUGCAGCCCAGCAUCAACGGUGUGAGCUAUCGCAAGAAGCCGGUCAACCUGUGCCUGGUAUCGGUGCAGGCCACCAACAUUCCCCCGAAGGAGACGGUCGUCUACUCGAAGCAAACACAAACGAACAGCUCCGGCGGUCACGAGCGCGACGUUUUUUCUUGCCAUUCCUCACCUCUGUCAGGAUAUAUGGAGGAUUGGUGGAGACCGCGCAAAGCUCACGCAACCGACUAUUACGAUGAGUACAAUCUUAACCCCGGUUUAGAGUGGGAGGAUGAGUUUACAGGUGACGAUGAGGAAAGCUCCCUCACCCAUAUCGACCAUGGGUUCCACUCGAAGCUGCCGCCCGGCAUCCUGCCCCACGGGCUGCCGACGGUCAAGGAGGUCGCACCAGCCAUCACGCCGCAGGAGCAGAAAAAGGAAGACCUCAAGGAGGUGAAAGAGCUCUCCGCCGAGCAGAAGCAGAUGAUCAUACUGUCGGAAGACUUCCAGCGGUUCAUACUGCGCGCCGGCAAGGUGAUGGAGCGGGCACUCUCCGAAACGGUCGACAUCUACACGGACUACAUCGGUGACGGCGAGGCGGACGAUAUGAACGAUGAAAAAUCACACGCACGGCUGUCGCUGAAUCGCACCUUCUACUGCGACCGCUGGUCGAAGAACCGGUGCGUCACGUCGUUCGACUGGUCGACGCACUUCCCGGAGUUGAUGGUGGCGUCCUACCACAGCAACGAGGAGACACCGAACGAGCCGGACGGUGUGGUGGUGGUGUGGAACACCAAGUUCAAGAAGCAGACGCCGGAGGAGGUGUUCCACUGUCAGAGCGCGGUCAUGUCGACGUGCUUUGCCAAAUUUCACCCGAACCUGAUCCUCGGCGGCACCUACUCCGGCCAGAUCGUGCUGUGGGACAACCGGGUGCAGAAGCGCACCCCGAUCCACCGGACGCCGCUGAGCGCCAACGCGCACACGCAACCGGUGUACUGUCUGUCGAUGGUCGGCACGCAGAACGCGCACAACGUCAUCUCGAUCAGCUCCGAUGGCAAGCUGUGCUCGUGGAGCCUGGACAUGCUGUCCCAGCCGCAGGACGUGCUCGAGUUGCAGCACCGCCAGUCGAAGGCCAUCUCCGUCACGUGCAUGGCGUUCCCGCACAACGAGGUGAACAACUUUGUGCUCGGCGGCGAGGACGGCUACGUCUACUCGGCCAGCCGGCACGGCAACCGGUCCGGCAUCGGCGAAACGUACGAGAAGCAUCUCGGGCCGGUAACGGGCAUGUCGGCCCACCACAACCAGUCGUCGCCCGACUUCGGGCACUUGUUUCUCACCUCCUCGAUUGACUGGACGAUCAAGCUGUGGAGCCUGAAGGACAACAAGCCGCUGUACUCGUUCGAGGACAACUCGGACUACGUGAUGGACGUCGCCUGGUCGCCGAUCCAUCCGGCCCUGUUUGCCGGCGUGGACGGUAGCGGCCGGCUCGACCUGUGGAACCUCAACCAGGACACGGAGGUGCCGACCGCCUCGAUCACGGUCGACGGGCAGCCGGCGCUGAACCGCGUCUCCUGGACGCCGUCCGGCCUGCACGUGACGGUCGGCGACGAGGCGGGCCGCAUCCACGUGUACGACGUGGCGGACAAUCUCGCCAACCCGCGCAUGGACGAGUGGAACAAGCUGAACGCGGUGCUGUACGAGCUCAAGAUGAACCAGACGGACGAGUUCGACGAGAAGGACCAGAUGUCGCCGGUGCCGCAGAACACCAGCACCGCCAGCGCGCUCACCUCCCUCACCAGCUCGCCGCUCAUAUGAAACUCAAUGAUGCGACCGUACGGCGGAGGCGCCGGGGGCACCAGCAGCAGCAGCAGCAGCAUGAUGAACGCCGCCGAGGGACGCUAGAAAAGGGGAAAUGUGGAAUGUUGGCACGCCACUCUGCAGACAAAACGGAUGAUACUCAGAUUGUCAUCCCCGUGAUCCCCGUGCCCCGGAACGAGGAAGCAAACAAAAGACGCGGGUUUCUAUUCUCUUAAUUUUAUAUCGCAAUUGUUUAUUUGUUUAUUGUGGCAGUUGUGCGAAUGCUAUAAAAUUAACCCCUUUUCCCCCUACACACAUAAUAUUACUAUAUUGUAUCUAAUUUAUUACCAACACACACACACACACACACACACACACACACACACACACACACACACACACACACACACACACACACACAGAGAGACACACACACACAGAGACACACUCACAUACUUACUCAGUCUGGCGAUGUUUAAUCGAAAGUGUUACAUCGCGCUAGCCUAUUGUGCCGCGGUAGAUCGCGGGGAAAGGUUGAAGCAAUCGCAGCUCUCCAAUGUGUGUGUGUGUGUGUGUGUGUGUGUGUGUGUGUGUGUGUGUGUGUGUGUGUGUGUGUGUGUGUGUGUCCGUGUGUGCUGCGGCGGGAUCCUAACACCCUAAUCGCCAUAUAGUCAUCCGCCUGUCGCGCUCUAAAGCAAACCAAACCACGGCACAGAGAGAAAGAGGGAAACCAGGCUAUACCACAUUGAGAAGUGGUGCUUAUAUCCGCUGUGUAGUGAUUAAACCACAAAGCAUAGUGCAUUCAAAUAAUAGAUACGUUUCAUCUUAAAUAAACGGCUACCCAGAUGUACUUCA